CCCGAGUUAUUUUACGUUAAUAUCUUAUCAAUACAAUGGUGUAGCAACUUGGUGAUGUGGAAAUUUCAGUGGUCUAAUGUAGAUUGUUUUAGAUAUGGAUGAAGUUAAAUCAAAGUCCUGCGCAUGUAAAGGAUGCAGAACAUGCAUUGUAUGUGAAGGAACCAAUGGAAGAAAUGUAAAGAAUCAAGCUGAUGACUUGAUAAAGGAUUUGAAUGAAAUGGAAUAUCUACCUUCCAUAAAGAUGUGUGUCUCUCAAUUAAAACCCAAUGGAGAAUUUGUGGGGUUUUCUUUUCCUGGAGUUGCAGUGUUUCCAGAUUUUAUUUCAGAGAAUGAAGAGAAGGACUUAGUCAAUGCAAUUAACUCUGGCCAGUGGAAAGACUCGCAAUCUGGUAGAAGAAAACAAGACUUUGGCCCCAAAGUUAAUUUUAAACGGCAAAAAGUGAAACUCGCUUCAUUUACUGGUUUACCAAAGUAUUCAAAAUGUAUAGAUGAGAGGAUUAAAACUUUGAAAGGAUUGGAAAGUUUUGAAACUGUGGAACAAUGUAAUUUGGAGUAUGAUCCUAACAGAGGGUCUUCAAUUGAUCCUCAUUUUGACGAUGAGUGGCUGUGGGGAGAAAGGCUUUUAUCUUUGAAUUUACUUGCUGAUUCAUGGUUCACCAUGACUACAGAUGAUUCAACAGAAUGUCAACUAUCAGUGAUAAAAACACCUGAUGUGCAAAUUAGCAGAACAGGUGUAAAACAAAUAAAAAUGGAUAAAGAUGAUAUAUUUCACAUGAAUGAUUUUCAAGUUAAAAUUCCGUUAAAAAGACGUUCAUUGGUCAUGUUGUCAGGAGAUGCUAGGUUUAAAUGGAAACAUUCAAUUCAAAGGCAAGACAUCAAGAGCAAACGAAUGUGUUGCACUUUACGUGAGUUAUCACCAGAGUUCCAAACUGGUGGCAAGCAGGAACACCUUGGCAGACAGUUAUUGGACAUUGCUUCUACUUUUUCAGGGGAAGUUGUUUUAUGAUGUAGUGUAUAACUUUUUUUAACAUUAAAUAAUAUUUUUAGUCUUCUGCUGAAGUAUAACACAAUAUAUAAGUAAAAAAUUGUUCUGGUAAAACACAGGAUUCUUGCUUCCAUUAUUUGCCAUCGCAGAACACAAAACACAGACUGACCUAAUAGAUAAAAAAAAGUCUGACUGAAUGGCAAGCAAA